AUUAGCAAUGAAACUGAUCGACGUAGAAGGUUUUAUGCUUGGCGAGAAAAUCUUGGAGGUGAAAGAUGCAAUCCUGGAAAUGGAGGUGCGAGAUUCGGAUAUUUGGAUAUGCUCUUUCCCGAGAUCUGGAACUACGUGGAUGCAGGAAACCGUAUGGAUGAUCGCAAACAAUUUGAACUACGAUAAGGCCAACAACGAAAUCCUUCACAUAAGAAGUCCUUUCUUAGAGAUGCAUCAAGUGCAGAAUUGGAACAGAAUUAAAGCCACGUUUCCAGACUCAUUCAAAGGUAUUGGAACAUCUGUGGAUUUGACGGACAAGUCUUCGGAUCCUAGAGUUAUUAAGACACAUUUACCAUGGCAUUUGUUACCGAAGCAAAUGCAAACGGGAGAAAAAAAACCUAAGAUUGUGUUCGUUUAUAGAGAUGUAAGAGAUGUGUGCGUCUCAUAUUAUCAUCAUCUUAAAGUAUUCGAGAACGCGUUUGGAGGCUUUGAUGAAUAUGCUGAAACGUUUAUGCAAGGCAAAGUGCUCUAUGGUCCGUACUGGGAAUACUUAUCGGGCUUCGAGGAUCGGCCCAACAUGCUGACCGUUAGAUACGAGGAUUUGCGAAAGGACCUGAAGUCCGAGUUGUCGAGAUUGGGAAAGUUCCUGGGGAAGCGAUUGGACGGGGAGGCUCUUGAUCAGCUGGCGGAUCACCUGAGCUUCGAAGCGAUGAAGAAAAAUCCUGCUGUCAAUCAGGAGAAAUUGCUCGGAUCCCUGAAGCCGGGCCAGGAUUUCAUCAGGAAAGGAAUCGUGGGCGGUUAUCGCGAAGUCUUCUCACUAGAACUUAAUGCAAAAUUCAAUCGAUGGAUUGCACAGAAUGAAAAUAAAAAUUAAUUGUAUUUUACA